CAGGCAGUGAAUAAAGAUAGUUAUUAGAUCCCCGGGACUGAGCACACGGAAUUAGAAUACGGCAGAUUAACCAUUUCGCGAGUUGGGAUUAAUAAAUCAUACGAAUUUAUGGUUGAUAAUGAGCGCGGAAGGCUGGAGGCUAAUUUAUAGUACGGUUAAACAUUCUGUCAGCCUGUGUGUGUACUUGGAUAUAUUCUGUUUGUUCAUCUUCGUUAGAAAUUUACAUAUUACAGCGCCAGGGGAUGGUGCUUGCAAUUAAUGGAUGCCCGACCCUCGAGUCUUCUUCCAUGUGAAAAGCAAAACCGCAAGUCGUACGUGAUAAGGUGUGCUGCGAUUAACAACGUAGCUAGCUCUCGUAAUGGAAACUUCGCCCUUCAAAGGAUCCUCGAGCUUUCUUCGAGACAGUGCCGUUACCGCGGCACAAAAGCAUUUCCUCGGCGAGCCAUUUAGCUUCAUUGCAGCUCUGAGAGUGGAGCCGGACGAAGAAAGAAAAUGGAGGAGAGGCUUCCUCUCUGAAUACGCGAUAAACGGGUGA